CGAUCCCUGUCGAUGUCUUGACCUACCCGAAAUCUGAAGGCAUUUCUUGGGAAGGCUUCUACAAUUCAAAAUCUCAACAGAAGUAUGUUUGAAAAUGGUGAAACGGAAGCACCAGCCUGCAGUCCACCAACAAGAGCAAUGUGAUGUUUGGCUGAGUACAGCACAGAAAAAAGAACAAACACCUGCAGCAAAGAGACAGAGAGUGUUCAGACCGAUGACAAACAUCGCUGAUGUUGUUUUAUCAUCUCAGCCAAUCAAAGUAGGGACCAAGCAAACAGACAUCAAGAACUUCUUUGCGCCGAAAUCAGCAGGUCAAGAGAAUGUUGCUCCUAAGGCUUCAUCAUCAUCUCAAAGUAUUGCCAAACAGACCAAGUCAUCUAAGAAUAAAAGGACAGAACCUCCACUUCAUCGAGCAGGAGGACCCUCAGGAUCUCAUAGGAGUCACAAGGGUGAAGAGAACAAAUCUCCAAGUGCAAUAUCUAGGAUUCAUUCUUCCAAUUAUUUGAAUAGUAAUGAAACCAAUUUGAUUCCGAGAGCGGAUAAAAGUGGUACAAAUGAAAUGACUCUCCUUCACGAUACCCAAGACACUGAUACAUCUUCUUCACAAGAGUUAGAUACUGAUGAAUUGUGUCAUAUUUCUCAUGGUAGUCAUAGAGUAUCCAGCGAGGAUGAGGAAACAGAAGACAUUACUUUUACAAUGGGAACUCAGGGUUGCUUGAAGGUGAAAGAGCCUAAGACAAGAGGACAUAUUAACUACACUGCUCUUGGUAAGCAUGAAUGCUCGAAGACUGUUGUGGAACACUCUGACCAUGUGGAUCUGGUGUCCACCAAGGCUCUUCAAGAUUCUGAUUCAGACAUCACUUUUACAAUGGGAACUCAAGGUUGCUUGAAGGUGAAAGAGCCAAAGACAAGAGGACAUGUUAACUACACUGCUCUUGAUACGCAAGAAUGCUCGAAGACUGUUGUGGAACAUUCUGAUCAUGUGGAUCUGGUGUCCACCAAGGCUCUUGAAGAUUCUGAUUCAUCACAUUCCAUGAAGGAUGCGAACUUCUCAUGUAGCAAUGGCUUUCAAAGGUAUCAGGAUGUUCCUAAAUGUGAAUUUGGUCAUGGUGACUUGGAGGAAUGGGAAGGGUCAGACAAUAUCACUUUUACCAUGGGGUCUCAAGGAUGCUUGAAAGUCAAGCAAUCAAGGACAAAAAGACAUAUUGGUCAUGAUAUCAAUAUUACCCAAGAUUGCUUCACUGCUGCUAUGACCAAUUCUGAACUGUCUCCCAACUUACUGGAUGACACUCCGAACUCGCUAUAUUCCAAGAGUAUUCCGAAAACACUAACAGUUGCUGAAAAUACUUCAUCACUUCUUACUGAAUUCAGAAACAUAGUAACAAAAGAUCUCAAACCUGCUAUGGAUACCCAGGUUUGUUUAGAAUGGAUACAAUCCAAGCAGGAGAUAGGCAUUGGUCGUGAUGAUACCCUUGAUUCAGAAGAUCAAAAGAGUCAAAGGUUAGAUAUAACACCAUCAGAAGAUUUAGCUUUCACUAUGGGUUCACAAGGUUGUCUUAAAGUCAGAGAUCGUAUUGGCCGUAGGUCCAAUACUUCACCACCACAGAAUUCAAUGCCAGACACUGAUUUGACAGUGGGUUCUGAAGGUCACCUGGGAGUCGGAGAUAGCCAGAAUUCAGACAUUAUACCAUCAGAGGAUUCAUCCCAAGAGGUAGAAUUCACCGUAGACUCUCAAGGAUGUCAAAAGGUCAGAGGUCACAGGAAUGAAAGGUCAGUUUAUAGUAUGCCUUCAGAAAACUUGUCAGAAGAUGUGCAUGUAGGUUUCAAAGUGGGUUCACAAAGUUGUCCAAAUGUCAGGAAUGAGAAUAGGUCAUAUAUAUUGUCUGAGGACUCAUCAGAGGAUGUCGCUUUCACAUCAAGUUCAAAAGGUCAACAAGUCAAGGGUAAAAAGGAUCAGGGCUCAGAUAUAUUGUCUGACGACUUGUCACAAGAAUUAGCUUUAACAGUGGGUUCCCAAGGUUGCCUCAAAGUCAGAGCUAGUAAAGUUCAUCUGUCAAAUACCACAGGUUCAGAGGACUCAGAAGAUAUUUCUUUGUCAAUGGUAUCACAAGGUAGUCGAAAAGACAUGGGCAGCAAAGGUCAUAGGUCAAUAAUAUCAUCUGAGGAAUCACAGGAAGAGGUAAACUUUACAAUGGGUUCUCAGGGUUGUCUAAGGGUGCGAGAAAGUAAGAGUCAUAUUCAUAGGCCAAUAAUCGCAAAUGACUCAUCAAAAGAUAUGGUUUUUACAAUGACUUCACAGGGUCAAAAGGUCAUUGAUAACAAGGGGCAUACAUGUAGGUCAUAUAUAUCGACUGAUGACUCAUCAGAAGACUCUGCUUUUACUAUGGGUUCACAAGAUAUCAAAGUUACUAAAGGCCAUUUGUUAGAUAUGUCACCAGAUGACUCAUCAGAAGAGGUGGCUUUCACAAUGGAUUCUCAAGGUUGUCUAAAGGUCAGAGAUUGCAAGGGUCAUAGGUCAAAGAUCGUGACCUCUCCCAAGCAGUUAUUAUUGAAUGAUUCUUUGCAACAUGUCACAAGGGAAGGAGGGGAUGAUGAAGACGAGAGUGAAGAUGAUGAGUUUUCACAAACACAAGACUGGUGAACAAAAGCAUCCCGCCAACAGUCAAAGCUGCGUCUUUCCUGCAGGAAUCUAGCAAGCACCCUUCCAUCGCUAAUUGUAUUUCUCCAUUGACAAGACAAUGGUAUUACUAAUGGGGAAUGUAGAGGUGAAAGAUGCUUAGCUAGUGCCUGUAGAGUAGGCUUCAUGCUCAAACACGUGGCACAGAGUUGGUAAAGUGAAUAUGUGAGUGCUGAAUGAGACUCUGUUGCAAUCCUCAGGCAUUCAUGUAAUAUUUAAAUACAUAUGCGGUACUUUUUAUGGGUCUAAACAACAUUUGACAUUUUUAUUUUUAAUGCAUGUUUACUGCCAUACUGGAAGUAAGUUGUGAUUUUUUCAAUAGAAAAUGAGCGGAUACAAAGAUUUUAUGUUUUGAAAAUCAUUAAAUGUACAUGACACAUUCUUUAUUAUAAAUUAUGUUGAGAAGCAACAUUUAAGACUUAACAAUUCUAAAUGGAUUAUAGAAAUAAAUGUCACCUUUUUAAGUUUUUAAAACCCAUUUACUGCCACAUCAUUAUAAGCAUUUUUAAACCUUAAUAAUAAUCAUAAAAAGGAGAUCCAACUGUCAAGAAUGUAUGUGAGAAAAUAGCCCAGUUAAUAAAAUACUAUAUUCAUAUCACUUGAAAAUGUGAUUUAUCAGCAUUCCAAAUUCUUAAGAUGUAUGUUCACCUGUACCUGAAUUCGGAUUCUGUGGCCAGCCUCAUGCAUAAAAUAAUUGUUUUUUUAAAAAAGUAGUAAAAUAUACAGGUGGUGCACUUCACUGCACAUUGAAUGGAGAAGUUGUCAGAAUGUGUCAAUGAACAACACAUGAAUAUGCAUUUGCUUAAAUUCCAAGAUUACAUUUUCUUAAAAAAAGAAGAUGUUUAAUGCAGGGAUACCAUGUUUCCAGAAAUUCAAGCCUUUCUAGAAAAGGUGGAAGCCCCAGAAAAAAUUAGUAGCAAACUAGAAUGCGUAGCAUACAUGUUAAUGUUAUUAAACUCUGUUUAAAAUCCUAUUCAGUUUGCUCAAUAUUUCCAAAGCAAAAUCUUCUCACAGAAAUGAAAAGAUCAUGAGACAACAAGGAGUAUGAUUUUACUUUUUUCCUAUUUCACUAGCUCCGCCAUUUUGAGUACAUGAAAGUGAACCAAGUGCUACAGUAUAUUGCUCAUUAUUGUCAAAUCAGUGGCUUGUAGUGAAAGCUUA